AUGCAGGCCACCGAGUUGACUGUCCAGUCGGAGCGUGCGUUCCAGAAGCAGCCGCACAUCUUCCUCAACUCCAAGACCAAGGCCAAGAGCUCCAGGCCGGGCAAGGGCGGCCGACGAUGGUAUAAGGAUGUUGGUCUGGGUUUCCGUACUCCCAAGACUGCCAUUGAGGGCAGCUACAUCGACAAGAAGUGCCCUUUCACCGGUCUCGUCUCCAUUCGUGGUCGUAUCCUGACCGGCACCGUCGUUUCCACCAAGAUGCACCGAACUCUGAUUAUCCGAAGAGAGUACCUUCACUUCAUCCCCAAGUACUCUCGUUACGAGAAGCGCCACAAGAACCUCGCCGCCCACGUUUCCCCCGCUUUCCGUGUUGAGGAGGGUGAUCAGGUUACCGUUGGCCAGUGCCGACCUCUUUCUAAGACUGUUCGUUUCAACGUCCUGCGUGUUCUGCCCCGAACUGGCAAGGCGGUUAAGAAAUUCAGCAAGUUCUAA